GACAAUAAACAGCCACAUGUGAAACAAAAAAGGAAGAAAAGAGGAUAAUGCAGCGUAUAUAAACAAAGGAGCGUCGAAAAAACGUUUUUAAACAAUAGCUAGACACUUUCUCAGCGGGCAAUGAGUUUCAAUUUCUACGUGGAAUCGUUCAAUUCAACGUUGCAGUCGAUUGCGCAUCAAGUGGAGCAAUUUGCUGGCGUUGCACUGAAAGCAGCUGUCGAUCUGCGUGGAAAUCUGGAAUCGCUUACCGGUGAUUUUCGUUGGGAGAACGGACCGAUUGCCUUCACCGAUUUGCAGGCUACUCUUCUAAAGGUUCUGAUCGUCCUGCUCCUGGGUACCUGCGUCCUAGCCGGCUAUUCGUGGUCCGUCUACGGCCAAGUCAUCACGGAGAAGUUUGUCAGGCCAAGCACUCUCAAGGAAAUCGAGGAGCUUAAAUUGUCGGUGGCCAAGUUGAAGUUGCCCAAAGAACACUCGCCGCGCAUCUAGAAACCAUGUCCAAGAUCAAGAAGUUUUUUUCGCGGA